AUGGGCAACAAAGUGUCCACGGUCAACGGCCUGCGAUCCCCGAACAUUCUCCAGCCUGGAAACGCUGUCAAUGAGGUCUGGGUGGGCAAUCUAGAAAUCAUCUCUCGCCUUCCUUUUGGCGACUCAAACCUGGCCCAAGCAGGCUGGCCUAAGGGAGACUACCCGAAAAUCCCCUGGCACCCGUUCAUUAUCCCACUCCGCGCAAGAGCCGACAAGAUAGCACGAUCCAUAUCCGUUACGGCAUUAGAGCGUCGGGGUAUAAGCGAAAUGAUGGCAAAAGUAGACUGGUUGCUGAUGUUUUGGACCCUUGAACGCAUUGUCGCAAUUCCCUUUUUUCUUUCUACCAUCGCGUUCCAUCUUACGCCGGACCGCUUUGAUGCGUCUGGAUUCAUGGGUCCAUGUGUUUACGGCUGUGAAGACGGGGAACUAGGCCACACACCGCAUCUUAAAUACCCUAUCAUUAUACGUGCAAAAAUGGCGUGCCUUUUCUAUGCCACUGGUCUUUUCGUCCUGUUUCUCCAAAAUAUCAUCAGUGCCACCACUUCGCACUUCAACAUGCCGACUAUCUCCCGAUUCGAGCUAGUGUUCUAUUCUUGCUUGGGCAUCUUAGCUAGUUAUUCUUGUUUGCGGCUUAUGUUGGCUGCGUUUCAAGCCACCAAUCAACUCGUGGGAGAAACAGAAAUGAGGUUUAAAGAAAGCCGUGAUAUCACGUUCACGGAAUAA